GCUGACGAGUGAGUGACGUUUCACUUCCGGGGUUAAACAUGUCUUUUCCUAAAGAGGGACUGAGUGCAGUGUGGUAAAAUGGAAAGCUUUCCCUUCAGAACAGUUGAGGUGUUGUGUCUGGGGACCAGCAUCACCCUUUCUGGACUCUUUUACUACAUCUACCGGAAAAAACAGAAAACUGUGGACAAGCUCAAUAAAGCACCUCAGCUCUCUCUGGACAGAAACCUGGCUAAUAUCCUAAAUGCUACACCAGGGAAGUGUCUUCAGUAUGUCAUCGUUGAAGGGAAUGUACAGCCCAUCAAGGAGCCACUCCGGAGCCAGUUUCAAGAGGGCUGUGUUGGGGUGGUCCAGAAGCUGGUGCUAAGGGAGCACAAGCUGGUGUGGAACAGCCUGGCACGCACCUGGACAGACAGUGAGAGGAUCCUGCACCAGCGCAUUAAUACAGUUCCCUUCAACUUGGUGGGAUCAGAUGAAGCAGCAGUUCGUGUCCUUUGCCCCCUGGAGGCUUCCGGCUUGAAUAUGGAAGUUGUCCACGAGAAGUUCCACCAGGCCAGCUACAGCUUCACUGACAUCAUUGGCCAGUAUCUGAGUGGGGAGAAGCCCAAGGGCCAGCUGGAGACAGAGGAGAUGGUGAAGGUGGGGACCAUGCUCACUGGUGUCGGGGAGCUCUUUCUGGACACGGAUCACACACUCAAGCUGCGCCCACCCACAGAUGGUUCAGAGUUCUUUCUCACACCAGUAGACUUUGAGACGAUGCGAAUGCAGCAGGAGGGACAGGCACUGCUGUGGCGAGUAUUGGCCUCGGUUUGUGCUGUAGCAGGUGUGGCUGUGCUCCUGUGGGUGGCACGGCGCUACUACCAACACCUGCAGGCAGAACAGGUGCGAGAGCAGCAGCGUAGAGAUUUUGAGCGGCUCAGCACCAUUGAGGACAGGGAUGAUGAUGAUGAGGAGGUGGAGACUGUAGACAACGCCUGCGUGAUCUGUCUGAGCAGUCCACGCAACUGUGUGGUGCUGGACUGCGGACAUGUGUGCUGCUGCUUCCGCUGCUUCCAGGCUCUGCCACAGCCAGUGUGCCCCAUGUGCAGGCAGCCCAUUAAGAGAGUGGUGCCCCUCUACCAGGCGUGAACCCUGAGCUCAUGGUGCCCUGAGGUCACAUGCACUCUGUCUGGCUGGCUCAUGGAAGGGAGGGCAACCCCUGAGUCAGCGCUCAUUCUUAGUUGGCUGCAUCCGUGCCAGCCGCAGGACAGCCUGUUAUUUCCAAGCACCACUGUGAAAUGAGGCUGUACGUCACUGCCAGGGUCAUCAACUGUCAAAUUCAAUGAUUCAUCUCCUAGCACCUGGUUCAAUGGAUGUCUGUACCAGUACCGUCCAUGGUGAAAAAUACUGAUGUAAAAUGUGAAUAUAAAACAGUUUUGUUGCUACUAAUAUGUGGGACUACAAGAUUACUGACAGAUGUUGCGUAUAAGCUGUGUGCCUUAAGUGCUGCUUAUUUUAAGUAUAGAAUUUGUGAUUUAUAUUUGGUUAAGUAUAUGCAUUCUGUA